ACCUCGAGGAGGUCAGGCGCUGUCUUUCCUUCCCUCCCAGCUCGGCGGCUCCUCCACACUUGGAACCUGCAGGGACCGGGCGAACACCACCCUCUGGAGAAGCCAAGGUUCCGUGGCCAAACCCAUCACUGACACCCCAGCCCAGGCACCCCGCCAACCCCCACCCCUACCAUGGCUGAAGACGCGGACAUGCGCAAUGAGCUGGAGGAGAUGCAGCGAAGGGCUGACCAGCUGGCUGAUGAGUCACUGGAAAGCACCCGUCGUAUGCUACAACUGGUUGAAGAGAGUAAAGAUGCUGGUAUCAGGACUUUGGUUAUGUUGGAUGAACAAGGAGAACAACUGGAACGCAUUGAGGAAGGGAUGGACCAAAUCAAUAAGGACAUGAAAGAAGCAGAAAAGAAUUUGACGGAUCUAGGAAAAUUCUGCGGGCUUUGUGUGUGUCCCUGUAACAAGCUUAAAUCAAGCGAUGCUUACAAAAAAGCCUGGGGCAAUAAUCAGGAUGGAGUUGUGGCCAGCCAGCCUGCUCGUGUGGUGGACGAACGGGAGCAGAUGGCCAUCAGUGGUGGCUUCAUCCGCAGGGUAACAAAUGAUGCCCGAGAAAAUGAAAUGGAUGAAAACCUGGAGCAGGUGAGCGGCAUCAUUGGAAACCUCCGUCACAUGGCCCUGGAUAUGGGCAAUGAGAUCGAUACACAGAACCGCCAGAUCGACAGGAUCAUGGAGAAGGCUGAUUCCAACAAAACCAGAAUUGAUGAGGCCAACCAACGUGCAACAAAGAUGCUGGGGAGUGGUUAAAUGUGCCCACCUGUGUCCUCUUCCAAAUGCUGUCGGGCAAGAUGGCACCUUCAUGCUUUUUUCAUGGUAUUACCUAGUAGGUCUGCACACAUGCACACAUCAAUCCGCCCCCAUUGUGAAUGUUGUCUUGUGUCAUCCAUCAGCCCAACAAUACUA